UUGGGUCUUUUUGCAUCCAUGACUUCUUCUACCAUGGUGAAGAGAAGGUUUGUAUGGGUGUAUGCGUCGGUCCAGUUUACACUUGUUGUCCUCUUUGCCCACAUAUUCUACUCUGUUAUUCGUGUGCAAGCAAUAUUGUCGAUUCUCCUGGCUACAUUUGCAGGAUUUGGUGUUUCCAUGAGCGAGAGUUCUAUUCUAGUUGAAUUCUCUAGAUGGAGAAGAAGACUAAACGCUGUAUUGGGUCUGCAAAACACAUCAUUUCCAAUGCCUCGCCAAAACCGAUUGCCUCAAACUGCAAUGACCUCUCGGCCCCAAACAGAAGCAUAGAAUUCAUCAAGUCCCUUUUUCAUAUUUUUCCAAUGUUUGUGCAUAUUUGGAGAUUUUUUUGUCCCUUCUUUGGUUGGGGUCAGCAAGGGAGGAGACCAUAGAGGGACAAGUAGUCCCGUUUGCUUUGAACAGACGAAUGUUUCCAUGUUCCGCCAUCUUCUUAUUUCUUUUCGUGUGUGGAGAUUACAUGUUUGUUAACUGGCGAUGAUGAUGUUGUAUGUGUAAAACUCUUUCGCAAGUAUGAAGAAAUAGAAGGGAUUUUGGAGUACUAGCAA